GGCUGCUUACUUUUACAUGUAAAAUUUUGUCCUCCAGUCGUCCCCAUUUUUUUACUUCAUUUUCAAAGCGGCCAUGUCUUUCAGAGGAGCAAAUGCAUCAUCUGGCAUGGGAGUGGCUGAAAACAGCAAAAACACGUACCUGGAGCUGCAGAGGAAGAAGGUGUUCCGAUAUGUGAUCUUUAAGAUUGAUGAGAAGAAAAAGGAGGUUGUUGUUGAAAAGACUGGAGAUCCAUCCGAGAGCUACAAUGAUUUCACUGCCUCAUUGCCCGAGGCUGAUUGCCGCUAUGCAGUUUAUGACUUUGAUUUUGUGACUUCUGAGAACUGCCAGAAGAGCAAGAUCUUUUUUAUUGCAUGGUCUCCUUCUGUUUCAAGGAUCCGUUCCAAGAUGCUCUACUCAACAUCCAAGGACCGGUUCAGAAGGGAAUUGCAAGGCAUUCAUUAUGAAAUCCAGGCAACCGACCCAACCGAGAUGGAUCUCGAGGUGAUCAGGGAGCGUGCACGUUAGGUGUUGAAUCCCGUCAUUGCUAUCUACCAUAUGUUUUUGUUGUUAAAAUAACACCUAAGAAGGCUGAUUUCGAGCUCCGGUGUUUGGAACUUGGACUCCUCAUUGCCAUUAUGCUUCUCAGGUGAAAAUGAGGUGUUGUAAUGAAUAUUUUGACUCUUAAUGAAAUUUAAUUUCAAUCA